GCAGUGGUCGAGGAGGCGGCGAGGCGGACGGCGGCCAGAGAGUAGCGCCCGCUCUGCGGCCAGAGGGACCGCGCCGCGACCGCCUGGGCCGGCCCCGAGGAGCUCCCGCCACCGCCGCCGCCGCCAUUGCCGCCGCCGCCGCGGUUCGCGGAGCGAGGAAAUGUGGGACAUGUGGAUUUGGGAUAUGAAUUCAUUUGAAAAACCACUUUGGGGUUAUGAACGUGAUUUCUGAUGAAACUGGAUUGGAAUAAUUUUCAUGACCUUUGUAUAUUUAUAUAUAUAUAUUUUAAAAUUUUGCAUUUGACUUAAGUGCCAUGAGAAAAUUUGCAUAUUGCAGGGGUCUAGCCACCUCCUUGAUUUGGGUACUCUUGGAUAUGUUCCUGCUGCUUUACUUCAGUGAAUGCAACCAAUGUGAUGAAAGAAGGAGCAGACUUCCCGCUGGGGAUGUUCUAGAGCCAAGACAAAAGCCUCAUGAAGGUCCUGGAGAAAUGGGGAAACCAGUCGUCAUUCCUAAAGAGGAUCAAGAAAAGAUGAAAGAGAUGUUUAAAAUCAAUCAGUUCAGUUUAAUGGCGAGUGAGAUGAUGGCACUCAACAGAUCUUUACGAGAUGUCAGGUUAGAAGGGUGUAAAACAAAGGCGUAUCCAGAUAAUCUUCCUACAACCAGUGUGGUGAUUGUUUUCCACGACGAGGCUUGGAGCACACUUCUGCGAACUGUCCAGAGUGUCAUUAAUCGCUCACCAAGACACAUGCUAGAAGAAAUUGUUCUAGUAGAUGAUGCCAGUGAAAGAGACUUUUUAAAAAGACCUCUGGAGAGUUACGUGAAAAAAUUAAAAGUACCAGUUCAUGUAAUUCGAAUGGAACAACGAUCUGGCUUGAUCAGAGCUAGAUUAAAAGGAGCUGCUGUGUCUAAAGGCCAAGUGAUCACCUUCUUAGAUGCUCACUGUGAAUGCACAGUGGGAUGGCUGGAGCCUGUCUUAGCCAGAAUCAAACAUGACAGGAAAACAGUGGUCUGUCCUAUCGCUGAUGGGAUCAGUGAUGAUACUUUUGAGUACAUGGCAGGCUCUGAUAUAACCUGUGGUGGCUUCAACUGGAAGCUUCAUUUCCGCUGGUAUCCAGUUCCCCUAAGAGAGAUGGACCGAAGGAAAGGUGCUCGGACUCUUCCUGUCAGAACACCUACAAUGGCAGGAGGCCUUUUUUCAAUAGACAGAGAUUACUUUCAGGAAAUUGGAACAUACGAUGCCGGAAUGGAUAUUUGGGGAGGAGAAAACCUAGAAAUUUCCUUUAGGAUCUGGCAAUGUGGAGGGACUUUAGAGAUCGUCACCUGCUCCCAUGUUGGACACGUGUUUCGGAAAGCCACACCUUACACGUUUCCAGGAGGCACAGGACAGAUUAUCAAUAAAAAUAACAGACGACUUGCAGAAGUGUGGAUGGAUGAGUUCAAGAAUUUCUUCUAUAUAAUUUCUCCAGGUGUUCCAAAGGUAGAUUAUGGAGAUCUAUCAUCAAGACUUGGUUUAAGACACAAACUACAAUGCUAACCUUUCUCCUGGUACCUAGAGAAUAUUUAUCCUGAUUCCCAGAUUCCACGUCACUAUUUCUCUUUGGGAGAGAUAUGAAAUGUGGAAACAAAUCUGUGUCUAG